AUGGCACCUCGCAGCAACAGAGAUAUCCUUACUCAAGGUAAGAGUUAUGCCAACAAACAGGCGAAAAAGUUUGGGACCGAUGAAGUUACCUUCGAUAAGGACUCUCGUCUGGACUUCUUAACAGGUUUUCACAAACGUAAGGUACAGAGACAAAAGAAGGCACAGGAAUUCAAUAAGGAGCAAGAACGUUUAGCAAAGAUAGAGGAAAGGAAAAAAACUCGGGAUCAACGUAAGAAAGAGGCUGAGGAACAGCUGAGGAAAUUUAAGGAAUCGAUGAAAGAUGUUGGCGAUUAUAUUGGAAGCGAUAAUGAUGAUGACAUAAUUGACCAAGCUUCUUCGUCUGAUGAGGCAGAGUCUUGGGACGGAUUUACCGAUGAUGAGGAAGAUGGCAGCGUCAAGCCAAUCCUAAAGAAAACCGAGCAAAUUUACGAAGAUGAAACUCAUGUCGAUAUAGAGCCUUUAGAGCCUAAUGACAACUUCGAGUAUCUCGCAAAGAUCAAUAACGUUAAGCUUGAACAAUCUAAGAAGGUUCUCGAUGAAAGCAUCGAGCGUGCAAAGAAGUACGCAAAGUUCUUGGGCAUGGAUGAAAAGCCAAAAAAGAAGAAGAAGUUUAGAUAUUUAACUAAGGCGGAGAGAAGACAGAACCAAAGGAAGGCAGAUGCCAACAAACGUAGAAGGUAG